ACCAAAAGGUCUAACCUGCCUACUUGUAUACCAACAUCUAAUAAGGCGGACGAGAAAAACAUAACAAAUGCCAAACCUGUUGAUACCGAAACUGGGCAGAUGAUCUAUCCUCGCAAGACUUAUAUCCAGAAGCUCAGUAUCAAGGACAAGGCUAGGCCCAACCGCAUGUUGGAUAUUGCACUUAGUGGACUUAGAGGUUUCACAUACCCCUCAGUCGUUUACGCAGGUCUGAUGUACGGUGCCAACAAUUUAGUAUGGUCGGGUGUGCAGAACGCUACGGCUGGUACUGUAUACACCACGAUGUACGGCUUCUCUACUGCCGGUGUAGCAGCGGCUUAUGCCGGAGGCUUACUCGGUACUAUGGUUGGAGGCUACUACUGCGGCAAGGUCGGUCGGCUGCUCACGAUCCGCCUCGCCCGACGCAACAAUGGAAUCUCGGAGUCGGAACACUCCCUCUGGCUCUUCUCCGCAUCAAUGUUUCUGGUACCAUUCAGCAUGCUCCUAUACGGCCUGGGUGUGACCUACCACAUUCACUGGAUGGGCCUCGUCAUCUCCCAGUUCACCCUCGCCAUCAACAACGCCCUUGCUGUGGCGGGAUCACUCGGAUAUGCCAUCGCGUCGUAUCCGCAGCUUAGCGGUGACAUGAUCACCACAUGCGUCAUCAUCCGCAACACCAUGUCGUUUGCAAUCAACUAUGGAAUCACUCCUUGGCUAAACCAUAUGGGAUAUCGCGAUACCUACAUUAUCGUUGCCGCGAUCGGAUUCGUCUGGAAUGCCAGUAUCUUCGUCAUGACCAAGUACGGUAGGACUAUCAGAGAGAAUAGUGCGAGCAGAUACUGGCGUCAUGUUGCCAAAGCGCAUGCCAAAGGCCUCAGUCACUGA